AUGUCUAUAUCAACAAUUGCCUGGAAAGGUAUUACUACAAGGAGAGCUUUGCCUCUGUUACGACUUCUCAGUACAGGCCCGGCUAGUACUUCCUCGACAGCAACUGCAGUGAAAAAAGCUCCUUAUAAGAGCACAACAACAACAACAACUCAAUCUUCUUCCACCACCACAGCAAAACCUAAGCCUGUGUUUUCCAGAACUUUGAAUAGUGCUUUAGGAAAUAUACCCUUGGAGACCGAUUCUUCUAAGAAACUGGAAGAGAAUGAAGAGCCUGUUAAACCUCAAGAGCACGAUGAAACUAACGCCGUUGAAGAGAUUGAUUGGUAUAGAUCAUGGCAUGGAGUGGGUAGUAAGCCAUUUGGGUCCCCAAUUCAAAAGGCGUUAUUUCAAGAGUUAUCCCCGGAUGAUAUUGAAAUAAAACCUGAUGGACUAAUUUAUCUACCUGAGAUUAAAUAUCGUAGAAUAUUGACUAAAGUGUUUGGUGCUGGGGGUUGGGGGCUUGUUCCACGCUCAGAAACUAUUGUAACGCCUAAUCUCGUAACUAGAGAAUACGCUCUAAUUUGUCAUGGAAGACUUGUGAGUGUUGCCCGAGGAGAACAAGACUAUUUCAAUGAGAAUGGGAUCCCAACGGCCACUGAAGGGUGUAAGAGUAACGCUUUAAUGAGGUGCUGUAAGGAUCUGGGUAUUGGAUCUGAGUUAUGGGACCCUGUAUUUAUUAAGAAGUUCAAGACUACACACUGUGUGGACAAGUUUGUAGAACAUGUUGUCACCAAGAAGAAGAAGAAAAUCUGGUUGCGUAAGGAUAGACAAGUAGAAUAUCCAUAUAAAUAG